AUGGCGAGCAAGCCUCGAAGCUCUGAGGGCUGUUGGACAUGCCGCCUGCGUCGCAAGAAGUGCGACGAGGUCCGCCCGGUGUGCAUGGCAUGCGACGCUCUCGAGAUAUCAUGUCUCUACAGCGAGAUCAAACCAGAAUGGAUGGACGGCGCCGAGGGCCAGAAGGUCAAGGCCGAUGAAUUGAAAGCCGAGGUGAAGCGCAAGGCCGCAUUCCGCCGUGAGAGGAAAUAUCUCCAAUCGAUCGAGAACGGCAUCGAGGACCUGAGCAUGACCAACGGCUCCGAGUUCGAUAUGAGCUCUAGCAUAAACGUCAGCGACGAGGCUCAUGGCCGGCGCUUCUCUUCUCAGACUGCCACCAUCAAUAGCACGUCCCCAGCAUCAAGUAACGAGUCGGCCAAUACAUCUCAGCCGUCGAGUAUUAGCAUGCAACCUGCGUCAGCAUUGAGCGAUUUCACUUUUCCAUUUGUCAACGGCACAAUCGCGUCCGCUAUGACCGCUGGAUUGCCCUACCAGUCAUCCAGUUGUCUGUCUCUCAACUUCGAAAGGGAGCUUAACUCUGUCAUGAUGUAUCUUGACUAUGUAUUUCCUUUUCAAUUUCCAUUUUACCGACCUCCUCUCCUCCAGAGCGGACGAGGUUGGCUACUUGUGCUGCUACUCAGAGACAGGACGUUGUUCCACAUAAGUCUCAGCUUGGCAAGCUACUACUUCAGCGUUGUCCUAUCCAACACGACAACGGAGCAUGACUCUUGCAAGGUCUCAAACCUUCAGGAGCUGGUUAAACAGCAAGACCUUGCGCUCAAGGAGAUGCAGAAGGACAUGGAUGAGAUCAACCGGCGAGGCAUCAGGGGCUAUUUACAGGAAAGUGCUCGCGUCAUGGAGAGCAUGAUCCAGCUGCUCUGUUUCGAAGUUGCCAUUGGCCAAACCGGAAACUGGCAGAUGCACCUUGAGGCUGCCAUGAUCUUGUUUGAGCAGAUCAACGAAUCACACGCUGCACCUGGCUCUGAUGGGACCUUUUGCUGGUCCUCGAUCCUAGAACAGCUGGCUUCUGACGCGAUGCGCCCCACGCCCGAGUUCAAUGGAAAUCAUCCUUGGAACUCGGACCAGGCUGCUAUCCGAUUCUUCACGUCGUACAUGCUGUAUGCAGAUAUCAUCGCUAGCACCGCGCUCGAAGAGGCGCCUCGCUUGCAGAAAUGGCAUCCUCUUCUGUUACAGCCCCAGUCUCCGGAAAUCAGUGCCCUCCAUGGAGAAAAUCACGAUCGAGUCAUCCCGGCUCUCAAUCUCGAGGAGUUCAUCGGCGUACAGAACCCCACGCUGAUACUUAUCGGCCGGAUAUCGGAGCUUGCCGCCUGGAAGAAGGAAAUGAAGCAAGCGGGCCAGUUGUCAGUCGUCGAGCUUGUCAGCCGAGCAACACAGAUUGAGACAGAUCUGCGGAGGUAUGUCACAUGCAUCGACGCAGGUGCCGGCUUCCUGGACAUAAAUACAAUCAAUCUCUGCGCCUCCUCAGGCACUCCUGAAACUAUGACUGUCGCCCCCAAUCCACUUGAUGUCCUCGGGCAGUACCAGCACGGACAGAUGAAUAAUUUCACCACACUAUGGGUCACGCGUAUCUGGGCACAAGCGGCGUUGACAUAUUUGUCGGUGGUGGUCUCAGGCUGGCAACCUGGUAGUCCGGAGAUUCGUGAGAGUGUGGGAAACACGAUCAGUCUCCUAUCACACCUCCCGACUACGGCGUGCCUACGCACUGCAGUGUGGCCUUUCUGCAUUGCUGGCUGUUUGGCGAUGCCUGAGCAAGAGCACGUGUUCCGCGAUAUGGUUGGCGGUAUGGGCUCACUAGAGAUCUUUGGGACUAUCAAGGAAGCACUGGCGAUCAUGGAGAAUGUCUGGGCGAACAGAGUACACAUCGAAAAGGCUGCCGACAGCUGGGACUUUGCGGCCAGCUUGAGGAGUCUCGGCCGGAGUGCAUUGUUGGUCUAA